AUGGGUUACACUUGUGAUUUCUGUGGAGCACAAAGGUCUAUGGUGUACUGUCGAUCUGAUGCAGCCUGUCUAUGUUUGUCUUGUGACUGCAAUGUCCACUCUGCAAAUGCUCUUUCACGACGCCAUUCAAGGACACUAUUGUGUGAAAGAUGCAGUUCACAACCCGCAUUUGUCAGAUGUGUCGAAGAGAAGAUAUCUCUUUGUCCGAACUGCGAUUGGAGUGGGCACGAUGGAUCUAACUCGGGUUCCACACAUAAAAGGGAACCACUUAAUUGUUAUUCUGGUUGCCCUUCGGCUGCAGAACUUUCUACUAUCUGGUCAUUUCUUUUAGAUUCCCCUUCUGUUGGUGAUUCUGCUUGUGAGCAGGGAAUGGGUGCAAUGAGCAUCAAUGAUAACUGUCCGAGGAACUCCCAAGGUGCCUCAGGGAAUAAUAACAAUCAAGAUAUGUCUGUCGCAGUUGAAGGGAGUGACUUUCAGAAUGCCAAUAACUCAAAAGUUUGGACAUGUGUCAUGGGUUCAUCCUCAGUGCCUCAACUUGACACCAGGCUACAUAAUAUAGACCAAACAAUGGGAUCCACAAAUUCUGUCUCACCAAAGCUUUGCUGUUCUGGAACUAAAGGGCCUGGACCAUGUGAAGAUGAUGAUUUUUAUGAGGACUUUAAUAUGGAUGAAGUUGACUUAAACAUUGAGAACUAUAAAGAACUUUUUGGUGUAACUCUUAAUAAUUGGGAACAGCUUUUUGAGAAUGAUGGGAUAGAUAGCUUGUUUGGUAUGAAGGACAUGUCUGGUGCCGAUUCAAACUGUCAGGGUGCAUAUGUUACCCAGGGCUCGUCAAUUGGACGAAUAAAUGCAAUGCAGCGAGCAUGCAGCAAUGCAGCAUCUGCUGAUUCCAUGAUGAGCUGUAAGACAGAACCAAACCUCUGUUUUCCUAGGCAAGCCCACUCCACUCUUUCAUUUUCUGGCCUCACUGAGAGUAGUACGGGAGAAUAUCAAGAUUGUGGAGCUUCUUCAAUGCUUCUCAUGGGAGAGCCUCCAUGGUGUCCCCCUUGUCCUGAAAGUUCCUUCCCUUCAACUAGCAGGAGUAGUGCUGUUUUGCGUUAUAAGGAAAAGAAAAAGGCGCGCAAAUUUGAGAAAAAAGUGAGGUAUGCCUCUCGCAAGGCUAGAGCUGAUGUAAGAAAGCGGGUGAAGGGACGCUUUGUCAAGGCUGGUGAUGUUUAUGACUACGACCCACUGAGGUCUGGGUUGUGUUCAAUGGAUAAAGGUGGAUGUGGAAAGCUGAUUCCACAGCAUCACUGCUGAAAUUCAAUACAAGAAGUUCUUUGAUCCAUCAUCAGAAAAGAAAAGAUGGAUCGUAACAUAAACUGACAAUGUAAAUUUACGCUGCUCAAGAGCAGCAAGCCAAAUUCCUCUCUCUGUUACACGGGACAAAUUCAAAACGUCGACCUUUUCGAGAGAAUGAGCAUCCAUCAACCUCCAUGGUCCUUCAUUAAUGUGGGUGUUUAUUCUAUCAACUUCAUAUCUUCUGUUUCUUCCUGCUCCUAAUCGCAUCAUACACUGGGGAUGUUGGAAUGGUGGGACGAAAAUUUGAUUAGCAGCCAAGAUAUGAAGAUUCUAGUUGUAACAUAUCAUUUUGUUGUUGUCAUGAAUACAUAGGAUCGGUUCUUAAGCCUUUCGGAGGCAUGAUGGGUGACGAGAUGUGGUCGGAAAAACUUUUUUCCUGAUUUUCUUUUUACUGAUGACAUGUACAUCAGAAAUAAUGUUUACACAGCUGAGAAGGGACAUCAAUCUGUAAUAAUCCUAUUAUAUAAAUCGUGGAUG